GUGAGGGAGAGGUGUGUGUGGAGUGAGCUGUCGCUCACGUAGGCAGCAUUUUGUUUUUGCAUUUGCCUGCACUCUCUUCGUGUUUCUUCAUCUCCCCCGCACUUAGUAUAUGCACGUAUGCAUGUAUCUCUUUCUUAUUCUCCUUUGCAUUGCGUGUCCUAAACCACGUGCGAAUCUUUUGUAUGAUUUCGCCGAAUUUCGAUGCCUCAUACGCACAUACAAACACAAGUAGGUAUGUAUUUACUCACAUAAUUAGAGCGACUUAAGCGGACUUUUCUUAUCAGUUUUGCAUUUCGCCUUGCACAAUCGCCCCCUCUCUUUCUCGCCCAGCUGUUUUGCAUUGCGGAAGCUUUCUCGUCUUCUUCUCCUUUCUGUCUGUCUUAACGGCUCAUUAUCAAGCUGCGUCGCUGCCGCGGUCGACGUCGCAGUUGCGGCGACGUGUUUGCCGCACCUACGAUAACGGUAAUAAGCUGACAUUUCCAUGCACCUCGCCAGGAAACCGGUUCUACGGACAGCUUUAUACCCUACACCAAUUUUUUAAUCAAAUAUAUCUCAAUUUCUUAUUAUGCAUACAUACGCACUCUAUCAAGACCCUCUGCAUGGCGAACAUUUGGUAAUAUCGGGACAUGAAAUCGGCAUGGACAUGGUUCCCGAGAAAGCAGACAUCUCAGAUCCGAUUCUUCUGCGCCACGUCCUCUGCCUGAUAAUACUAGUUCACAACUUUUUUCAUCUAAUUCUCUGCUGCCGGCAAAUAAAAUUGUGCAGAAAGAGCAUCGCUCCACCGCCGCAAUUGGAUGGUACUAUGUCGCCAGAUGCCUUUGAGGCCUCCAAGAACAAGCAACUUCAUACUUCAUAUCUAGAGGUUUUCGAUCUGGUACUCGAUACCGCAUAUAGCUGCCUUGACAUGUACCUUUCUACUUUGGCGUACAUUUGGAAGAUGACGGUGGAAUGGUAUGGCUAUGCGGACGAUAUUUGGCUGAAUGUGACUUUUAUGGCCAUGUUUUCCACUUAUCUGGUGAUUCGCAUGUUGCCAUCUCUAUUUUAUGAGAAACUUGUGCUGGAUCCUAAGUUCAAAGUGGAUCCAGAAAAGUCUCCCCCAUUAGUGGGUAUGAUUUGUGCCCUGGCUUUUAUCGUGGUCUUACUGCAGAUUGCAAUCAUCCCGUUAACAGCGAUUUUCAUGGCCCUUCAGGAGUUGAAUGUUUGGUAUUGUAUCCUGCUCGUUUGGCUCAUUGUGGUGGGCACGUCCUUGGUUAUUUUGGGCUUUGUCGGAAUAUUCGGAGUGCCCUGCAUAGGCAAAAGCCGCAAAAUGGAGGAUUCGGAUAUUGAUGACGAGUUGCGAGAUGUACUGGAUAGUUUCGAUUUUCCGGGACGGGUUUAUCUGGUUCACACCUUCCAUGUAGGACGACCCACGGCCUGGGUGAUGGGUUGUUUCUGUUGCCUGCGAUUGGACAUCCACGAUAACCUGAAGUUGAACCGCGGCCUGGCCUCGGAUGACCUCGAUUCGGGUGAGGUGGGAGCUGGUCUCAAGGACGACCAACUGGCCGCCUUUGUGGCCCACCAACUGGCCCACUGGCGUUUGCGGCAUGUGGCAAAGACCUUGGCGCUGAUUUGGCUGAAUCUUGUGAUAUAUCUAGUCCUCUUCGGUUUGUGCUACAACUGGCAGACCCUUUACUCGUCUGCGGGCUUCACGACCCUGUAUCCCAAAACAGUUGGGUUCUGGCUGGUGUACAAGUACCUAAUGCCGAUAUAUCAUGACAUCAGCACUUGGAUAGUAUUCUUUUUCAUUCGGCACUUCGAGUACGCCGCAGAUGCCUAUGUGGUUCGAUGGGGUUACGGACCUCCGAUGAGAGCCGCCCUGCUCAAACUUUUUGCGGAUGAUAUUGAGUUCCCCAAUGUGGACCACUGGUACCUCAUGUGGCAUCGCUUACGACCAUCGAUGCUGCAACGCAUCGAGAAUCUACAGCGAUUGUACAAGACACACACAGUUUCCCGUAUAUCUUUGAUCUGAAUUAUUGUAAAAUACUGUAUACAGAUGGAUUGUAAAAAGGUUUUCUGAUUGAAGCCUACCACCCACUUUAUUCA